UGGACUUGUCAUACUUAAAUGGUAUGCUUCGGCAUCAUGUAGAGGCAUGCCGUUUUGGAGCCAAAAUAGCUACAGCGGUGGAGUGCGAGGAGUACAGCUGUUGAAAUAGGGGAUACCAAGUACUUUUCCAUGCCGUAACUCGUAACACAAGGCCAGAGUGGAAGUUUAAUCCUAGGUGGUGCAACCCAGGUUUUGUUUCUCCUAAAUUUGUCAGGUAACGAUAAGACGAGCCAGAUCCAACCGUGCUCUUUUUGCAGCUUUUUCAGUGCGAGUACCAAUGACCAUAGUUAUCCUGUCCUCUUUUUCAUAUGUGAUUCUAAACAGUCGACGCCUAUCCAUGUUACCCACUGAAUUGAAUUGAGAAGGAUGGCUGAGAAAAAUAGCAGAGAUGGGAGGAAGGGUUGUUUUGUUCCUGCAGAGAAAGAGCCCCUAUUUCCCCGGCUUCAUAUAAAUUCAGCAGGAGAGAAGAAAGGUGGGCCCAGAGCUCCUCCGCGUAACAAAAUGGCUUUGUACGAACAACUUUCAGUCCCGUCUCGCCGCUUUCAGCAACCAUUGACGCCCUCUGCUACCCAGAUGCAGGGUUCUAGUUUUGAAGGAAGAUAUUCAUUUUGCCCAGUCAAUUUCACUCCAAUGCCAGAUGCUUCAGGUUCAGAUGUGUGUUAUCAAGUGUAUGACCAAUCAGCUUCAGUUGUUACACAUGACAGUGCUGCAGGAGAAGGAAAUAAACAGUUUCUUAGGGUUCCAACUAUCGUUAGUUCUAUGACAAUGGGCUCAUCUUAUGGUUCAGAUAAAAGCAAGAAUCAGAGGAAUCUGCCAGGAAAGAAAGUCAGAGAUGAAGAUGACUUCAAGGUACCUCAAUGCUCUAACUCAAGGAUUAGCAACAUUAGCACAACAGGGCCAUGCAUCAUAGAUAAGUUUCAGACGGUAGAAAACUUUACUUCAAAUGCAAAUAGACCUUCCACUUCUUCAUCAAACACCUUUCAAUGUGAGGCAACAAUACCCACUAGUUCUGAUUCAGAUUAUUGGAAAAAGGGCAUUCAGGCUGAUUCAAAAGAUUGCUCUGAGAUUAAAGAUCAUCUAGAGCAGCAAAUAAAUUGUUCAGUCUCUCUUAAUUCCGAUAUUGACUGUAGUGUUUCUCAUCAACUGUUGGGAAACUCAUCAAGUGCUGCCCCAGUUCUGACAUCAGGUCAGAACACAACCAGGAAAAACCAUUUGAUUGGCACAGGAGAUAAUGUUGAUUCUGUCCAGUGGGUAGGCUUGAGUUCAAAUUCAACAUCGGAAGGUUUAUUGCUUGCCAAUAAUAAUAUUCAUAGAGAAGAGUCGGUUCAAGUUGCUGAUAUUAAUGAUAAGGGAGAAGACAACACAGAUGGAUUGAGAGAGAGAGAUGAGUAUGACCAGGUUUCAUCAUUGAGGAAUAGCUGUGAAAGCACCGGUGGUGCUGAGUGCUCUAGUGAUGAAAAUGCUGCUGAAAUAUCUGUGGCAUCUCAACCAAUGCAAGAAAACCGUUUUGAGGAUGAUUCUGAUUCCUCUAUGCUUGAUUCUGUUUCUAUUUCCAAUAUAACCCCAGAUGUUGUUAUAGAGAAUAUUGGAAAACAACAUUUUUGGAAAGCACGCAAAGCCAUUUUAAGGCAGCAGCGUAUCUUUUCUGUUCAAGUAUUUGAGUUACAUAGGCUGAUCAAGGUUCAAAAAUUGAUGGCCACAUCUCCGAUAUUGCUCAAUUAUGAUGAGUCAUCUGAUGCUCCAUCUGUGAAAACAGACAAUGCAAAUAUGUCAUCAGACAAUGUUGUAGAAUGGGAAAGAGUAAAAAAGAUGAAUGGUGGAACACAAACUAAUGAGCGGGUUAAUGCAAAUCCAACUGAGCUUGGGGCUGGUUGGUUGGCAAAUUCUGAAGCUGUCUGUUACCAAGGCUUGUACAACCAGGGACCUGGUAAGAUUAUGAACUGUGGGGAAAAUGGUAAUAUAUAUGCUCAAUGUUUUCCAUCAAUUUCAGUACCGUUUCCUGGCGGAAUGAAUACUUGGGGGUUUCCUCACCCAGGAUUUGGACUUGGUCAGUGGACUGUUCCUAUGCCCUCACCUCCAGGAGUAUUUAUGUACAAUCCAUUUGCCGGAGCUUUUCCUCCUGCAGCCUUUACUGGCUCAACUUUCAGUUCACCUGGAUCAUUGAGUUUUCCUUCUUUUGUUGGAGCCAAUCAAGGAGCUCAGAGUGAUUUAAGAUAUGGAUUUCCAGCAUCUAACAUGCACUGGGGAUCUCCUGUCUUUUCAUUGCCAGUGGCUUCCCAAAAUUUUCUUUCAAAUUGUUGCAGUCUUCCCUUUUCAGUGGUUGAUCCCAUGCAUGAGACACAUGCUUCUGUGGCUCCAUCUGUUUUUGCACAAAAUGGAAAAGCUGGGGAAGAGGCUGGACUAAUCACAUCAAAGCCUGCUUCUUCUGGAAUUCCUACUCCAUGUUCGGGAGCAUUUUCAAAUGAACAAUUGGAAAGUACUUUAACAAAUCAGUCUUUUACAGGCGUUAAUAGUCCUCGCUCUCACUAUGAUCGGAUCCAAAGUGGAUUGUAUACACCUCAGAAUUUUUCAAAUAUGCCAGAUAGAGUAAGAGAGAUAUAUCCUGACCAGGUUAAUGAGAAUUGCGGGCAAUUGUCAGAACAUAAUGAUUUUAUUGGAACUAAUUGUUUGAGAGGCGAAGAAGGUAAGCUACAGGGAGUUGCUAAUGAUCCAUCUGAAAAAGUAUCAAAGGCACACUGUGAAGAGGAAAAUUGCACAAAGAAGUUAGCAUAUCAAUGCAAAAUGACUCUGGAAAAAGACACAUUAGCACUAUUUCCUUUGCUUCCUUCAUUAGGAGGUAGGGAGCCUGUUUCUGGAAAAGAGCAUGGGAGCCAUGUUUUUAAAGUUGUGCCAUGUAAUCCUGUGGCUGCACCAGAGACAGCCGCAAGAAUUUUGUUUUCAAUCCAGAAAGAGUGACAGAAAGGGGAAUGAGCAGCCUACUUGGGUGUGGUUGAAAAUAAAAAAUAUUUAAGAAUGGGUGUAGGCCUGUCCUUGGAUUUGUUGUUGUAGUCGUAAAGUAUGUGCCAUCUUUUCUAAAUAGAGUUUAUCUUAUGGGUGAAGGUUCAUAUUUUGUAAUCUUGUCUUUGAUCUCCUUGAUCUCCAACUUGUUUCCUUUUUGUUGGACUUUGGAAUUGUACUUUUAUUGUUUUUCAGAUGUAAUCAGAUGAUACAAGGAUCCUUUCUCGUUAAAAGAACCAGGGACUCGGUUUCUUCUGUACUGGUGCAUUAGCCAGAAGUCACAAGAAUUGAGUAAUUCUAUGCUAUUCAGCAUAAUCUGUUUUUUUGACAGUGGAGGGUAUCUUGCCCUCUUGAAUUUCUCCUUUGAACCUAAACAAAAUCAACACACAUUGUUGCACAAUUUUUUGUGCAGCAAAUCUUCUGGUUUGACC